AGAAAGCGUUGCGCUGCCCGAGCGUCGCGAUAUUGCGAGUUUCUUGCGCUCCGUCGUCUACUGUAAGCGAUUUUUUGUUCAGUGAUAGAACCAUGUGAUAAGUUACUGGUUCAGGAUAAUUAAGUGCAUAUUUGUGGCUGAAAUUAAAUUAUAAAAAGGAUUUUCCUUUCUCCUUCACUAUGAACGGCAGUGAUUCUACAUUGGACGAUGUGUUGGGGUCUUCGAACUAUACAUUAAUUGUUUUAUACGUUAUAGUGUUCUUGUGGGCUUUGGUGACGAAUAUUCUAGUAAUUUUGGUGGUGAUUAAAUAUGAGUACAUGAGAAAUGUCACCAACUACUUUCUAGUGAAUUUGUCUGUGGCAGACCUUUUAGUAACUUUGGUAUGUAUGCCAAAUGGAGCAUAUAUGGCAUAUUCAGAUAUGUAUUACUUCGGGGAAUACAUGUGCAAGGCAUCUGGAUAUCUGCAAUGAGUAAUAAUGAUGUUCGCUUACUCAAUGAUGGGAAGAACUUUGUGCUAUGUUACACCACCUUGCGAUCACAAUGAGGGCCUGUCCAGUACGCAACAGGUAGAUCAAACUGGUGGAAAUGGUUUUUUAAAUAACACCGAAAAUAAUUUUGGUAGUCCUUCGCAGAAUAAAAAAGCGGGUGCAAGAAGGUUGCAAAGUGUAGUGCCGGUGGUUAUUCGGCAGAUAAGGGAUUGCCAUGAAGAUGAGUUUAAAAUGUUCGGUAUGCCGACACAAAUUGUAAUUGCACAUUGUUGGUAUAUUAAGAGUUAUGAAGUACAAUCAACGAAAGCAACAUACAACAUUGAGGACCACACAGGCACAAUUAAAGCGAUUUGGUGGUUAGAAAAUGACGAUGAUACAACUCCGAACUUGCCGCCGGUUAAAGAGGGAAGUUAUCUGCAGUUAUUUGGCUCGCUACGUAACCAGGAUGGCGAAAAAAUCAUAAUGGUUUUACGAAUGUUUAUGGUUGAUGAUGCUAAUCUAAUAACAAGUCAUUUGUUGCAAGUUAUUCAAACUAGAUUGCAGGCUGAGCAUAUGUCACAGAAUUCGGGAACAAUAAAACCAAACAUUCAAAAUCCGGGCACUGCAUUGCCCAAUUCAAUGAGCUUUAUGGAUGAUAACAAUAUUUCAAGUGGACUUACGGCUAUUCAAGCUAAAGUGCAGAGAUUAUUGCAAACAGAUCAAAGUACUGCUGGUAUGCACAGGGAUGUAUUAUUAAAGAAUUUCCCAUCCAAUCAACAAACAGAAGUCAAAAAUCGCGUGGUAAGAAGCCGCAAACGGGUGGCCAUAAUCCUGUUACUGCUGGCAUUUGUUUUCGCGGCCUGCUGGUUACCAUAUCACAUCAUUAAUCUUCUUAUGGACACCGGUCUCUACCACGGCUCGCAUAGCGCAUCCCUGCAGCAGUAUCUUUUGUUGCUGGGACACGCGAAUUCCGCCCUCAAUCCCGUCAUCUACUGCGCGCUAUCGAAAAAGUUCAGGAGCUCCAUCAAGGACAUUUUCUAUUGCAGGAUAACUUUUCGAAGAAAGAGGCCCUUAAUGAACGUGAGUUAUUGA